UGCGGCUGAAACGAAGUGAAGUUGGUUAAUGCGUACACAAUUUUUUCUGUAGUAAACAAAACAGUCCUGCUGCCAAAAGCAAUGAACAAAAUAUCCAACAAAUGAUUUAUAGAAUUAGAAAUUUACAAUCAAAAUGGUCAAAAUACGGUGGAAAAUCAAACAAAUACCAGUGGAAAUAUUUGAUAGUUUCUUAGCAAAAUGUCAUUACUUCAAGAUUUGUUUUCGGUCAUUCACUUAUAAUCAUCACAUGAGCCAGGAUUAUGCUUCGGAUGUAGCACUUGAACCUAUUAUUUGGAUUGUUGAUAAUUUCUCCGGAUUUCUAGGACCGUUUUUUGUUGUUGCUGUUGCUGUGUUGACAUCGGCUGUCGUUGUGAUUGCCCAUUUGGUUGGGUUACCGUAUUGGUGGGAAAAGAGCCCAGCAAUGACGAUAUUUCUCGUGAUAUUCGGCUAUUGGCUACUUAUUAAUGUCACAUUCCAUUAUUUUAUGGCUGUGUUCACAUCUCCCGGCUAUCCACCCGACAAGCAACUGUAUGAAGCAGUCAGUAUAUGUAAAAAAUGCUUAACGCCAAAACCGACACGAACUCACCAUUGCAGCAUUUGCAAUAGAUGCAUUUUAAAAAUGGACCAUCACUGCCCCUGGUUGAACAAUUGUGUUGGAUACGCAAAUCAUCGAUAUUUUUUCACGUACAUGCUGUACACUGUUAUCGGAUCUCUAUUCCUUAUUAUGUUUGGUGUUGAAAUAGCGUAUAAUGUUCUGUGGCUGGCGGACGAUGAAGAAUGGAGUGAAACAGAACCACUUGAAGGGCAUCCAAUAACAUACAACUUGACGGGUCACAUUGUUCCGAUUAGCGAAAUGAAUGAGUACCGUGACAUCGAAACAACAAAUGAGGCUUUUGAACAGAGUGAAGCGAAUCUAUACCGUAUUUUUAUGCGUCGAUCGCUGACGUUUAUGGCUUUUAUCAAUGUCGCUGUGGUGAUUGCAUUGGGUUUGCUAACAAUGUGGCAUGCGAAGCUCAUUUACCGCGGAGAAACCAGUAUUGAAGCGCACAUCAAUGCCAAAGAAACGAAGAAGCUAGCGGCCAAUGGGAAGCCCUAUCAAAAUCCGUACAAUUUUGGACCAAAGAAAAACUUUCAAUUAUUUUUAGGCUUAGUCAACGGCAGAACGUUCUGGAGACAUUUCCUAUUCCCAUCAACACAUAAACCAGAAGGAAACGGACUGGUAUUCCAAACAAUUAACACGCUGACAUCGAAUAAUUGGCCGUAGCAUCAGCUUCCAUGCAGAUCAUUCGUUAAAAACUAAUUUAUUUAAACACAAUUUUAGAUAAUUUUCAACCAAACAAAAUCUAGCUCAAUAUAUUUAUUGAAUGUAUUUUAACUUUUAACAACACUUCAAUAUUCUUGAAAUAAACUAUAUCGUUACACUAAGAAAAAAA